AUGAUAUUAUCAUGUGAUUCAGUGGAUUAUCUGUUGAGGGAAUGUGAUGAUAUCGGAGAAACAACCCAGUGUCCAGGUAACACGGAAUGUACGCUAGGAGAGACCGGUUUUGGAGAAUGUGAAUGUCCCCCUGGAGUUUAUGGGGAACCUGAGUGCAUUGGAAUCUGCGAAACUACACAGCAAUGCAAUUUCGGUGGAGAUUGCUUAAAUGGAAAGUGUGAGUGCUUUCCAGAGUUUGAAGGAGAAAGAUGCGAAGCUAUUUCCAAGACAACCACUUCUACUACUACUACUACUACCAUCACCACCACAGAGAGACCCAGGAGGAGAGUUCUGCCGCUUGUGGUGGCUGGGGCCGCCGCUGCUGUUCCGUUGCUAAUCCUUGUCCCAGCUUUAGCUGGUUCUCUGACUCUGGGAUAAAGGGAAAGGUGACAUGAUCGUCACCUGUAAUAA